AUGGGUGCAAAUGUGUCCCAGCUUGACGCUGGUAAUGCCAGCAGCUCUCAACAAGCAGAGAUCAAUGUGUCCCAGCUUGACGCUGGUAAUGCCAGCAGCGCUCAACAAGCAGAGAUCGACCAACAAGGUCCACCCCCUUCUCCCAAGCCGGCCCUUGGAUAUCAACGCCUUCCACCCAUAGAGAGCAGAGAGACAGUGCAAGCCCAGACCGCCAAGGUUGAGGCAUGGGCGCUGAUCGACUUAGAUGAUGAUCUCCAGGUGUCGGUUAAGGUCCAUCCGCCAAUGAUUUCUGGCCCUAUUACCACCAGUCCUAUCGCGAAGCGUGCACCUCUUCCACCGUCGCCACCAGUGAGCAAGAAGCGCCGAUUGCUCGCAACCCCCCAGGCGUUAACAAUCGCGUCACAAGAGGCUAGCUCAGCCGCCGAGACUGUUGAUGAACUGUGGAAGCAAAACAGACAGCGCCCCAGACUUGAGGCUCGUAUGCAAAGCGACCCUAGGUCUGGACCAACCAAUUUCACCUUGUACCAGGAUGAUGAUGAAUCCUCUUAUCCCUGUGAUGAUGAAGGCUACUCUUCAUACGUCCUCAGUCCCCCGUCCGAUGGCAAAGAACUCACGGAAGAUGAACGGGAAGAACAAUUGGUUAAGAGAUUGGCGACGCUUCAGCGGCCAAAUAUCAUCUUGGCAAAGCCUGCUGCAACAAACGACGAAUCUGGCAGCUCUGUUCAGGAAUAUGAUGAGGAAUAUGCCGUGGGGGAGGCCAGGGAGUGGAUGCUGCGAGAGCAACAAGAAGCUGUCGACAGGAGCAGAAUGCUUCGGGAACGAAACCUGGCACGGAGACAGCGGGCAGAACCGUCGGAGAACCCGGUAACUACCACCGCGGAAGUGGAGGAGCGCCAGCAGCAGCAGCCAGCCUCACCGACUGGGGAGGCCAGCAUAGAUGGCGCCUUUUCAGAUGUUUUCUCGGCCGGCGAGCACCAAGACUCCAACAUGGAAGAGCUGUCAGAUAUUCCCAUGCGACCCAUCUUACAGAAGGCCAAGUCCAGUGCCAAACAUGGAGACACAUUGAAAGCACACCGCAACAGAGCAGAUCCAGAUGCCAUCAACCCUGCUUCACGAAUUGCCGCUGAACAAUAUCGAACACAAAGUCGCCAUCUGAGCACUCAGCAGCAGCAGCCUCUGUCAUCCCACCCUCGUGGUUCCAGCCUAGAAGAAAGAGAAUCGCGACUGCGUGAACUUACCACCAAAGUCAACGACGGCACAAGAAAUGCUGUGAACAACGCGAGAUCUCCAAGAUUGAACAGUCAGUUCAGUGGGGAUGAGUUCCGGUCUAAGCCAGCACCGGCGGGCAGAGCUACAGAAACACCUCCAGCGAUUCGCUCUGUCAGCACAGCGAAAGCGCCGAGAGAAACGACCGCGACCUUGCAAAGUGCAAGAAUCAACCCAGGGUCGGCAGCGAAGCGUUUGUCCGGGCUGGAAAUGCUUUCUGCGAAACGAGGAACCGGCGCCAACCCAGACAAACCCAGAAGCACGGCGACACCAUCCGGCCCAAAGAAAGGAUUGACGCUUCCAACAAAGUUUGAUUCAUACGAUGAAGAGGAGAAGCAGGUCAUUGUCGAGCACGAGAUAGCCAAAGAAAGAAAGAGAGACCUAGAGAUGAUCGAGAGGGUCACUCUGGCUAUCGCACAGCUACGAUGUCUUGGGAAAUUCAGCGAUUUGGACGAGAAAGAACUUCUUGAAGUGAGGAAAUUCAUGUCCAUCGUGAUCGACGACGGUAAAUGCGCCAAGCUGAAGCGGCCUCGAAUUCAAAACAUCCGCGACAACAUGAGGAGAAGAGCAAUGGGGCAUGACGAGCCGAGCGAGGACGAUGUCGCGAUCUGGAUGAGGAGAGUCUUCAGAGGUUCGGAUCUGGACGUGGUCAAAACUAAACUGGGAAAGAUCGGAGAAGAAGUCGCAGAACUGGCCUCUCUCCGCCAUGAAUUCUCCGCCAAACGACACAAUUCGAGAACUAGGGAAGACAAGAGGAGGAACAGGGAGAGGAAGCAGGUCCGGUUUGCGCAAGGCCAGGCACAAGACCCAGAUACCGACACCCGCAGUCGCAGUCCCAGCCCCGCCAGAUCGCGCGGACACCCCCAGAGGGGCGGGAAUGCCACUGAGAGCAAGCGGCUGGCGCAAUAUGCACAACAAGACCAGCUUCAGGAGGCCCUCACGGCCAAGCUCAAGCUUUUCGACAAGGCAGCAGCGCGGCAGAGAAGCCAGGCCAUGGGUUUGCCCAGCGGUGAUGCCAGUCCUUUGCAGCAUGAGCAACACGCGCAUAGCGACAGUGAAAGCGAAGAAGACAUUGGUGCACAGUUUGUCUAUGGCGCUGGACAGGAUACGCCACAAAGAGCACCAUCAGCGGCGCCGUCGGCAUUGGCAUCGGCACCAGCAGGACCAGAUUUCACGGCCACGCCUUCUUUUCCCAUGCCAACACAAGAGGCUCACCUUGUCCAGGACAUCGAAGAGAUCAACCGCCUAGAAGAUGCUAGGCAGAUCCGGAGCGGAACACACGCAUUACAACGUUCUACACCACAGGCCACGACGCCGGGCAACCAGCGCUUCGAUCCAGAGCUGUUGAAGCGGAUGCAGAACAAGCAGGUACAAGAGCCUCGGGAGCCAGCCACCGAUCCAGAGAAGUCCAUCGAUCUGGAGGAGUCCAUCGACACUGCAGAAGUGGUCGUGGCGAGUAGCGAUGUCACCGACACGGACUCGUCAGAAUCAUCCCAGGAUGAGGACGAGGACGGGGACGGGCACGAAGAUCGCCAGCAGGUCCACAAGUACACGGUCAUGGGCGCCUUCGCCGGGAUAGACAUCUACAAGGAUGCCGACGAGUACAUCUUCAAGUCGACCUACAAGCCUGAUAGUGCGAAGGCCUUUGUGGGCAAGGUCAUCGAGAGCGUCCUCCGGCAAUUCCCUCCUGCAGGUGGAAUCGAUGCCGGCCACUGGUCUCUGGACGUGGUAUACCGGGAGGGCCUGGUCGAACAGCACCUGAUGGUCGGAGAAGACGGGACGGUCGAAGCGAGGGUGUGGAUGGAGAAGAAACUCGUCAGCCUAGGCAACAAGGCCUAUCGCGCCGCAAAGACACGCAACAUCGUCCAGCACAAGUUUCUCUUUGCCGUGUAUUGGGAGAAGACCGUCGCGCCGGUGACCUCAACUGCCGAGAAGGACGACGAGCAGCACCAAGAACAGCAUCACGUCGACCCGUCUCCCGCCGAACCUCCUCCUCAGCAAGACGAAGCCGACAUUGACCUCUUCGGCGAGGAUCUGUCUGAGCCUGUAUCUGUGCCCAUGCCCAUGUCCGUUGUCAGCGCCAUUCCGACGAACGAAAUCCAGUAUUUCACCACUCCCGUCCUAGCCAAUCGCCACGCCAAAAACAUCUACAUGGCAUGGCACGCGACCUUUCUGCCGGGCUGGCGAAACGAAGGCUACCGGCGGCUCGAGGACGAUGCGGUCGAACAGCAGUUGAAGGCCUUGGGGUCGUGGGGUCUCUGGAGCCGCGAAGAGAGCUUCGAACGGGCUGGAGAAGGGAGUGCGAACGCCAGAGUAGAAGAAAAGUUCAAGGUCUGGGUGCGAAGGAUCGAGGUCUUUGGGCCAGGAAAUUGA